CGGAUUGGCCCACUCCUGCCCGGGCAAUGCUGCUGUCUAAGGACGCACCAUGGCGGCGCCUGCAGAGCAUCUCGUUUGGCUGUUACUCAGCGGAGGAGAUCAGGAAGCUGAGUGUGAAAGCCCUGACCAACCCUCGCUAUAUGGACAGCCUGGGGAAUCCUAUGAUGAACGGCCUGUAUGAUUUGGCUCUGGGUCCUGCCGACGGUAAAGAAGUUUGCUCCUCCUGCUUUCAGGACUUUACCUCCUGCCCCGGGCACCUGGGACACAUUGAGCUGCCCCUGACCGUGUACAACCCGCUGUUCUUUGAUAAACUGUAUUUUCUCGUGCGAGGCUCCUGCUUCCACUGCCACUUGCUCACCUGCAACCGCUCGGUUAUCCACUUACUGCUCAACCAGCUCAAGCUCCUUGAUCGGGGGGUGGAGCAUGAAGUCUAUGAGCUGGAGAAUGUCCUGCACCGGGUGCUGGAGGCGAAUGCUGCUGCCACCGGCCAUGAGAUCCAAGAGGAGCUGGAGAACUACACCAGGAAAGUGCUUAAAAAGUAUAAGAAGCUCCCAAGAGGCACUUCUUGCCAGGUGAAGAAUACGUGUGUGACCAGAAACCGGCUGAUUGGAAACUUCUGGAAAAAGCAAAUGGUUUCCGCAAAGUGUCCCAACUGCAAGGCACCGAGGUCGGUUGUAAGGAAAGAACACAACAGCAAGCUGACUAUAAUAAUGUCUUCCAAACCAAGUUCCUCUUCUAAAGGGGGUGCCACGCCGGCAGAGGGGGAUAUGGAUGUGAUUGACAGCACUCAGUUAGCAAAACGUGGAUAUCUGACUCCCAACACCACCAAGGAACUUAUCAUGGAGCUUUGGAAGAAUGAAGGCUUUUUCCUACAGCAUCUCUUUUCUGGAAUAACGGGCGGUGGGGAAUCCGCGUUUACUCCGGACACGUUUUUCCUAGACAUUAUUGUUGUCCCUCCCUCGAGGUUCCGACCAGUCAAUCGCCUUGGGGAUCAGAUGUUCACCAAUGGUCACACGAUUAACCUGCAGUCUGUCCUCAAAGACAUCUCCACUAUACAGAAACUGCUGGCUGUGAUGGCUCAGGAUCAGGAGCAGACGCCUGAGCUCACUGAAUCAGGGAUGAACUUGAAGGAAGCCGAGGUUACGGAAAAUAUUGAUCGUUCUUUUCUGGCCACCUUGACGGGCCUGUCCCUUACGGAUAAGCUUUACAACUCCUGGGUCCGGCUGCAGAGUCACGUCAAUAUCGUCUUUGACAGCGACAUGGACAAGCUCAUGUCCGACAAGUACCCGGGAAUCCGCCAGGUCCUGGAGAAGAAAGACGGUCUGUUUCGGAAGCACAUGAUGGGGAAACGAGUGGAUUUCGCAGCUCGCUCUGUUAUCUGCCCCGACAUGUACAUCAACACUAACGAAAUUGGAAUCCCUAUGGUGUUUGCCACUAAGCUGACGUACCCCCAACCAGUUACUCCCUGGAAUGUGCAGGAGUUGAGAAAGGCUGUACUAAACGGACCCAAUGUCCACCCGGGUGCCUCUAUGGUGAUCAAUGAGGACGGGUCUCGCACCAUAUUGAACUCUACUGAUUCAUCCCAGAGGGAUGCUGUAGCAAAGCAACUACUCACCCCAUCCACUGGCACACAGACUCUGAAUGCUAAAAUUGUGUGUCGACAUGUGAAAAACGGGGAUGUGCUUCUCCUGAACCGACAGCCCACCCUGCACAGGCCUUCCAUCCAGGCCCAUAAAGCCCGUAUUCUCCCGGGGGAGAAGGUGCUCAGGCUGCACUAUGCCAACUGUAAGGCAUACAAUGCUGACUUCGAUGGGGAUGAAAUGAACGCACAUUUCCCCCAAAGCGAGCUGGGCCGGGCUGAAGCCUACACCAUCGCGUGUACUGAUGAGCAGUACUUGGUGCCUAAGGAUGGUACACCCCUCGCCGGCUUAAUUCAAGAUCAUAUGGUGUCUGGUGCAAACAUGACCAUACGCGGCUGCUAUUUUACCAGGGAACAGUAUAUGGAACUGGUUUAUCAAGGGCUGACGGAUAAGAAAGGCAGAGUAAAACUCCUCCCACCAGCUAUCCUAAAACCCCACCGACUCUGGACAGGAAAGCAGGUUGUGUCUACGUUACUGAUCAACGUAAUCCCUGAGAAUCUUAUUCCCCUAAACCUGACGGGAAAAGCCAAAAUUGGUGGGAAAGCUUGGGUGAAGGAGCAGCCUCGGCCCAUUCCGGGAUUCUCGCCUGACUCCAUGUGCGAGUCUCAGGUUAUAAUUCGAAACGGAGAGUUGCUUUGUGGCGUCCUGGACAAAGCUCACUAUGGCAGCUCUUCCUUUGGCCUGGUGCACUGUUGCUAUGAGCUGUACGGGGGAGAGACCAGUGGGAAACUGCUCACUUGCUUGGCGAGACUCUUCACUGCUUACCUCCAGCUCUACAGAGGCUUCACUUUGGGAGUUGAGGACAUCCUUGUGCUCCCAUAUGCAGAUGCCAAGAGACAGAAUAUUGUGGAACAUUCAAUGCAGUGUGGUGGAAGGGCUAUCAGAGCGGCCUUCAACUUGGCAGACGCAGCGUCGGACGAAGAAGCGCAAGGGAAGUGGCAGGAUGCCCAUCUCGCAAAGGACCAGAGAGAUUUCAACAUGGUGGAUCUGAAGUUCAAGGAGGAAGUGAACCAGUUCAACAACGAGAUCAAUAAGGUGUGCAUGCCAUUUGGCCUCCAUAGAUCCUUCCCAGAGAACAACCUGCAGCUGAUGGUUCAGUCAGGCGCCAAAGGAUCCACUGUGAAUACCAUGCAGAUUUCCUGUUUAUUGGGCCAGAUUGAGCUGGAGGGACGGAGGCCCCCGCUGAUGCCUUCUGGGAGGUCAUUGCCUUGUUUUCAGCCGUAUGAUUUUAGUCCACGUUCUGGGGGAUUUGUUACUGGGCGAUUUCUCACUGGCAUCAAGCCUCCUGAGUUCUUCUUCCAUUGCAUGGCAGGGAGGGAAGGAUUGGUGGACACGGCUGUGAAAACUAGUCGAUCAGGAUAUCUGCAGAGGUGUGUUAUUAAGCAUCUGGAGGGUCUUGUGGUUCAGUAUGACCUGACGGUGCGAGACAGUGAUGGAAGCAUCAUUCAGUUCCUGUACGGAGAGGACGGCCUUGAUGUACCCAAGACACAGUUUCUCCAGCCCAAGCAGUUCCCCUUCAUAGCAGAGAACUAUGAGGUUAUAAAGCAGUCUAAGCGCCUGGAUGAAGUUCUAUCCCGGGUGAACACGCAGCAAGCGGAGCAGCACAUGCACGCCAUCUACAGGUGGAAAGCAAAACACCCCAACCCCGGCCAGCGAAUCAGCCCCUUCCUGCUUUACUCUCAGAAGCAACUGCCGGCAGUAAAGGCGUCGUGUCCUGUGGAGGAAUAUGAGAAUGGCAGGGAUUUCGCAUCCAGACAGGUUCUGGAGAGCUGGUAUUCCGUGAAUGAGAAGACACUUAGCAAAUACAGGAGAAGGGCGUCUCUUCUCCCCGAUCCCUGUCUGGCAGUGUGGCGCCCAGAUCUUUACUUGGGAUCAGUAUCUGAAAACUUCCAAAGCAAAAUGGCUCAGUAUGGCUGUGCGUGGGAGCAGCAGAGGAACUCUAGCCAUGACAUGUCGUCUCUGACAUUUGACAGCUUAAAAACCUUACUGCACCUGAAGUGGCAGAGAGCACUGUGUGACCCGGGGGAUGCGGUGGGACUUCUGGCCGCUCAGAGCAUCGGAGAGCCCUCCACACAGAUGACCCUGAACACCUUCCACUUUGCUGGCAGAGGAGAGAUGAACGUCACACUGGGUAUUCCUAGGCUUCGGGAAAUUCUGAUGGUCGCAAGCUCCAACAUAAAGACGCCCAUGAUGAGUGUGCCGGUCCUGAACACUAAGAAAGCUGUGAAGCGGGCGAAGCAACUGAAGAAGCGGCUGACAAGAGUGCGCUUGGCAGAGGUGAUUCACAAACUGGAAGUGGAGGAGACGUUCCGUAUCGAGGAGAAGUCGCAGAAGUACCAAGUGUACAAGAUCAGGUUCCAUUUCCUACCCCACGAGUACUAUCGGCAGGAGAAGAUGCUGCGGCCUGAGGGGGUCCUGCGCUUCAUGGAAUCAAGGUUCUUCAAAAUUAUGUUUGACGCCAUAAAGAGGAAGAGCUCCAAGCUUGCUUCUUUCCGGGAAGUGAGCACACGCAGGGCCACUCAGAAGGACGUUGGUGAUGGAGAAGCUCAAGGAAACGAGGAAAGUCAGCGGGCGGAGAAUGAAGAGGCACAAGCCAAUGAUAACGAUGAUGAUGAUAAUGACAAUAAUAUUAAUAAUAAUAAUGAUGAUGAUGAUGAUGCAGAGGAUGGUGAUGCUGAUGCCACUGAUGCAAAGAGGAGAAAAAAACAAGAAGAGGAGGUGGACUAUGAGAGUGAUGAAGAGGCGGCCGAAGAAAACAAUGAAGAAGAAACGGAGGAGAAGGCUCCUGAGGCAUGGGGGGAGACAUUAGCUGAUGAGGAAGAGAGGAUUGGGCAAGAGAUAGAGGUGGAAUCCCCGACUGCUGUACCUGGCACCCCCUCCCAGAAACUCACCAAGGAUGUCAUGGCGGAAAACAGAAUCAAUGAUGUACUGAGCCUCAAUCCUGCUAUAGAAGAUUACUCCUACGAUACAGAGAAAAGCUUAUGGUGUGAGGUCACUAUCAAACUGCAACUGAUGAAGAUCUACUUCGAUAUCUGCUCCCUGGUGUCCUCCCUCGCCCACAAUGUUAUAGUCCACGAGACCAGCGGGAUCACCCGGUGCCUCUUGAACGAAACAACCAAUAAACAAGGGGACAAAGAGCUGAUUCUCAACACGGAGGGGAUAAAUCUGUAUGAACUAUUCAAGUAUUCCAGUAUUCUGGACAUUGCGAGGCUUUAUUCAAAUGACAUUCACGCCAUGGCAAAUACCUUUGGCAUUGAGGCUGCUUUGCGGGUGGUGGAGAAGGAGAUUAAAGACGUGUUUGCGGUUUAUGGUAUUGAAGUGGAUCCCCGGCACCUGUCGCUGGUAGCGGAUUACAUGUGCUUCGAGGGCACCUACAGGCCUCUCAAUCGGAUCGGGAUGCAGUCCAGCUCGUCGCCCUUCCAGCAGAUGACGUUUGAAACUAGCUACAAGUUUCUCAAGGAUGCCACCAUGAAUGGUGCACGAGAUGACCUGCAGUCUCCGUCGGCAUGCUUAGUAGUCGGAAAAGUUGUAAAAGGAGGAACUGGCUUAUUUGACCUUAAACAGCCAAUGCAAUAAAAUGGGAAAGACCAGUUGGUCUAAUAUUCAAGCUACGGCAACCAGACGUGAAAUUGCAGCUCUCCAACAGGGUUGUGUGUUUGAGAUUCAUUAUCGCUCUCCCCUGUGAUAUUUGGGGGUGUAAUUAUUGCGUGUAAAUUGUACUGUUAUCAUGCUUUUUAAUAAAGUAUAUUCUCUCUAA